UGUUAUUCAUUCAAAAUCCAGAAUUCAGUCUUCUCUCUCCAUGGCCAUGACAGCUUCCAAGGAGGUGAAAGUUACAGAGGAAUGCAAGAUAACUCCGGCACCAAAUCCGCCGGAGAAGAAGCUCUCCUCCUCCUCCGACGAGGGUAAUAAUAAUUACCUUCCUCUCACUUUUUUUGACACAAUUUGGCUCAAAUUCCCCCCGACGCAGCGACUCUUCUUCUACGAAAUCAACCAUUUAUCAUCUCAUCUUUUCUACAACACCAUUCUCCCUAACCUCAAGCAUUCACUCUCUCUCACCCUUCAACACUAUCCCUCCCUCGCCGGAAAUCUUAACUGGCACCCGGAAACCGCCAAGCCGAUUAUCCGUUACUCUAUUGCCGACGACGGUGGCGUCCCAUUCUCUGUAGCCGAGUCCUGCACCCUCGACUUUGAUUCACUCUCCACCGACCAUUUUAAGGAAGCCAAAGAUUUGCAUCAUCUUUUGCCCGAUUUUCAUUAUUCCGAAUCUAAGGCUAAUGUUCUUUCUCUACGAGUGACUCUGUUUCCUAACUAUGGAUUCUCCAUCGGCUACUGCGCACAUCACACCUCCAUGGACGGGAAGAGCACCUCCAUGUUUCUAAGUUCAUGGGCCACCAUUUGCAGAAGACUCGGAGAAGGAGGAGCCCAGCUUACUCCAGAACUAAUCCCGAUUCUAGAUAGAUCCUUCAUUCAAGACCCGUCAAAUAUCUCCACGAUUUUCACUAAUCAAUGGAUGAAAAUGAUUCAUGGAAAUGAAAACAAGAGAAGCUUCGUUCCAUUGGACAUGAAGCCGGCGCCAGGGUUAUUCCGGAGCACAUUCCGGUUAACUCCGGAGCAGAUAGGACACAUAAAGGAGAAACUAGCUAUAAUAAAGAGCCCUGUUUCUACUUUUACGGCGGUUUGUUCAUAUGUUUGGACUUGUCUGGUGAAAGCAGAAGAAGGGGAUAUAACAAAGGAGAUUGUUUAUCUGAAUAUCAACGUGGAUUGUCGAGGAGAAAGCCGAUGGGAUCCUCCGGUUCCGGCAAAUUACUUUGGAAACUGCGUUACGUAUCGAUUUGCAAAGGCAAAGGUUGAGUGUUUGAAAGGAGGUGAUGGGUUGGUAGUGGCUGCGGCGGCGAUUAAAGAGGAAAUUGGAAGUUUGGCUGUAAAAGGGAAGGUGGAGAAUUGGCUUUUGGAAGUAAGUUCAACAUUUAGGAAUGAGAAGGUGUAUGGAAUUGGUGGGUCGCCGUGGUUUGAUUUUUACGGCGUGGAUUUUGGAUGGGGACGGCCGGAGAAGGUGGAGAUGGUGUCGAGUGAUAGGAAUGGGUCAUUUUCUCUAUGCGAUUGUAGAGAUGGAAAUGGCGUUAUUGAGAUUGGGAUUGUUUUGAGCAAACCAAAGAUUCAAGCUUUUGCAUCUAUCUUUGCUCAAGGGCUUCUUCAAGAAAUUGCUUCCUAGCUAGUCAAUUAACUUUUUUUUAUCUGUUUGAUUUGUUGUGUUGUGUGUAAUUGCAUUCUUAAUCAUGAGAAUGAAUAAUAAAUAUGUUUGUGGUAUGAAUUA